AUGAAUUCUAAUGGUUUCACACAAAUAGUUGUAAAAACAAAGUAUGGAAAUGAUAUUCGUAAAAAAAUUCUUGGACAUAAUGAAGAUUUAACUUUGUCAAGUUUACAAGUUUUUAUUCAACGUAUUUAUGAUAUUGAAUCAAGUGCUUCAAUAAUUCUUAAAUAUCGUGAUUCUGACGGUGAUUUUAUUACCCUGAAUGAUGAUAAUGACGUCUUAUUUGCCAUUCGUAAUGAGCAAAAUUUAUUCAUUGAAGUGACUAAUGAUCUUUCUGGUGCAUGCGAUGGCAAGAAAUUUUUAGAAUUACUCACAGAAGCUCAAAAAAAACUUGAUAGUGCAGUUAGUGCUUUCCAGAGAUGUCAUAGAAAAUCUGAUAAUACAACUGAUCAAUGUGAAAAGAAUUUUUCUGUUUCUAGACCUGAAACUCCUGUAAAAACUGCUGAUAAUGUAGCUACUAUACAACCAUCUGUACAAGAAUUUAUACAGACAUGUCCAAUGAAUCCUCAAAACAAAAUUCAAAAUUCAUUUGAAGGUAAUGUAUCACUUCAAAAUAACCCUUGUAAUGGAAGUGGAACUACGGAAUCAGCAGAUACGAAUAUUGAAAACGAUGUUGCAGAUCACCAAUCUGACAUAUCGGCAUUUGAACAACUUAAUUUGAAUGAAGCUAAUUCAAAAGGUGAUAGUGAAUCAACAUUAAAUGGUUUUAAUAACAUCAACAAAGAAGAUGUUCCACAAAAUCCAUAUGCUCAUGUUCAACCAAUGCAACAAUUUAAUCAAAAUUCAGCACCACAACCACCACAAACAUUUAAUGCUCCUCCUCCUACUCAACAACAAUUCCAAGCUUCACAAACUCCAACACCACAGCAUUUCUAUCAGCAACAACAAAGUGUACCGUCACCAUACCAACAAAACACACCUUCUUCAACUUUGAAUCAGAGCAUUCCACCUCCACCAACUCAAUAUAACGUUGUUUCUCAAACAAUUCCACAUAACGUUGUUUCACCACAAACACAACAACAACAACAACCACCAUUCCCUCAAAAUACUGGGCAACAACAGCCAAGACCAUAUCAACCAAGUUUCCAACAACAACAACAACAGCAACACCAAUCUUCACCACAGCCACAAUAUCCAUUAAACGUACAACAGUACCAAGGACAACAGCAACCUCCUGUAUCACAUCCACCAACUCCAGGUCAACCACAACAUCCAAUGACUGGACAAGGAUAUCCAGGAUCAGUUCCACCUCCUUCAAACUUACCACCAAUGGGUGCUCCUGGAGCAAAUCCAUUUGCUAGACCAAAUCAAGGACACCCUACAUAUGCUCGUCCAAACUAUGGAAAACCAUAUUAA